ACAACAACCGUCAACUAACAAGCGACGAGUCUACAGAUGGAUGUAAGAUGCAGAUAAAAGUAAAUAAAACGGUAUAAACUAAAAAGAUGACACAGUCCAUAGUAGUCCAAGUUGGUCAGUGUGGGAAUCAGGUGGGCUGCCGCUUCUGGGACCUCGCACUCAGAGAACACGCACACGUCAAUCAAAUGGGAGUUUAUGAUGAGGCGCUGAGCAGCUUCUUUAGAAAUGUUGACCAAAGAGGAGCAGACUCUACAGGAGGCAAGAUCAACGCUCUAAAGGCCAGGGCCGUGUUAGUGGACAUGGAGGAGGGAGUCCUAGGAGAGAUUCUGCAGGGGCCGUUGCGUUCUCUCUUCAGCAGCACACAACUCAUAAGUGAUGUCUCUGGUUCUGGGAACAACUGGGCGGUCGGGCAUCACACAUAUGGCUUGGCCUACAGAGAGCAGAUUGUGGAUCAGGUCCGCAAGGCUGCAGAACACUGUGAUUGCCUUCAGUGCUUCUUCCUCAUUCACUCUAUGGGAGGAGGUACUGGUUCGGGGUUAGGCACGUUUGUGUUGAAGCUUCUAGAAGACGAGUUCCCAGAGGUAUGUCGGAUAGUGACCUCUGUCUACCCGACAGCAGAAGAUGAUGUCAUCACCUCUCCUUACAACAGCGUCCUAGCCAUGAAAGAACUCACAGAACACGCAGACUGUGUCUUGCCAGUUGAUAACCAGUCUCUGGUUGAUAUUGUUGGUAAGAUACAACACAUGUCCAACACUGGCAAACCAGGCUGUACCAUCAAGAAGGACUGUACCAUCAUAUCGGGACAAGGAGGGGUGGUGAAAGUCGAGAAACCUUUUGAUGCCAUGAACAACAUUGUGGCCAAUCUACUUCUUAAUAUUACCAGUUCAGCACGGUUUGAGGGCUCUCUCAACAUGGAUCUGAAUGAGAUAGCCAUGAACCUUGUUCCGUUCCCGCGGUUACACUACCUUUUGUCCAGUCUAACUCCUCUAUACACACUUGCUGAUGUCAACAUACCGCCACGCAGGCUGGAUCAGAUGUUCUCAGAUGCAUUUAGUAAGGAGCAUCAGCUAAUCAGAGCCGACCCCAAACACAACCUGUAUCUGGCCUGUGCUCUUAUGCUGCGUGGGAACGUUCAGUUGUCAGAUCUGCGCCGGAAUAUUGAGCGGCUAAAGCCCACCCUUCCGU